AUGUCGCGAGGAGGUGGUACAACCCUCUACGUCACUGGCUUCGGUCAUGGGACGCGAGCCCGUGAUCUGGCCUACGAAUUCGAACGCUAUGGACGCCUUGUGCGCUGCGACAUCCCCGCUCCACGAAGCGCUGCAAGCAGACUAUUCGCUUUCGUCGAAUACGAGAGUCGCCGUGAUGCAGAUGAUGCCUAUCAUGAGAUGCACAACAAGCGUCUCGGGCGUGACGAUGUCUUGAAAAUUGAGUGGGCCCGUACGCCUCCUUCCGCAUCCUGGCGGUUUGACUCCGGCCGUGACGCACGGGGUGGUGACCGUGGUCCAGGCAGUCGUCGUGAUCGCUCUCCUCGUCGUCGAUCGGCAUCUCCACCUCGUCGUGGCCGAGGCGACUACUCUCCUCGCAAAGACGAGCGUCGUGAGCGCGACUACGAUAGGCGUGACCGAGACCGCUCUCGAAGCCCAGACGAUAGAGACCGCGAAAUGAAGGAUGUAGAUCGUCGUCGCGACAUUGAGGACGACCGUGACAAUGCCAAUGGAGAUGACCGCAAAGUCGACGUGGGAUCUCCCGUCCCUGCUCAUGACGAGCUCGAUACCGCCGAGUAG